CCCACAUCUGCCCUUCUGUCCUCGUGAAUUGUACACACAUUUACUCUACUGUGAACAGGUGACCAUGUAAUGACCCAUUUAAGCAACAGUCGGACAGAGAGGGCUAUGUCAUAUGCACAGAGACUCAAAAACAUAAAACGGAAGCAUGAAUAAGAUUUUGGCCAUCUUAAGUUUAACUGCAUUUCUCUGCUGCUGUGGUGUGCAGAGUGCUGAACCAUCAUAUGAUGACUUAAAACAAAAAAUCCUCAACUCUGGGACUGUAGUCUUUUUAGACUUGGUGGAGAAAGUCAGAAACACGACAGAGAAAUUUUUGAGAGAUGAUCAGUUCAGAAAAUCAAGGAUCGCUGUUCAAGAAUACAUGAAAAACUUAAAAGAUAUUGCAAAAUCACUGAAAAAUCUUGAGAGUAUUAGGAAGAGCCAGGAUGAUUCAACUAUAUUGCCAGUAUAUUUUUUGAUAUCAACUGGUGGUACAUUUCUGGUAACGUUUAAGAAUGUCUUUGACAAGUUUUUCUUACCUUAUAAGAAGAUGUACCGUGAGGCCUUAAAGGAUGAGACAAUGCCAGACAUCUGGAAAGAAGUGGAGUCGUACUAUCUUCAAGGAGCUCCUCCAGUCUACAGUAAACCCAUGCAGUUCUUCAGUUACCUUCUGGCUAAGGCAAUGGUGAAAUCCGGGCUGGUGAACAUGCUUGAAGCGGGGGUGGAUACUGUUGUGGAGAUUGGAAAAAUGGAUUUUAACCAAAUUCAUGAAGAGGUGCAGAAAGUUAUGGAUCAGAUUAGAGAGAAAGCCUUUGAAAUUUCUAUUUUGGAAAGACGAAAAGAGAAGAAUGAUUUCCUUGUAUCAUUAAGAACUGCAUCUGGAUUGGUUGUUUUUUACUGGGAUAAAGUUUUGGAACAAACUGAAAUGCCAUCGUUCCAUGCACAAUACAUGGAUUCUAUGAAGGAAUGGGCAGAGCUAACCAAGUUGAGAAACACAAGUGAAAAUUAUCAUGUGCUUUUAGACCCGGAUACAAGGCGUGAAAUUUUGAAAUGGACUGAAUUUCAUUUUGGUCAAUUCUUUGAGGCCGCGGCCCAGGAAUAUUAUAAUCGUGGAAAUGCAGCUCUGGGUUUGGACAGAUUUAAUCAGUCCAACUGGGCUGUUGUCAAAAGCGCUGUUGUUUACUCUCUUCCUGUUUAUGAAAAACUGUCUGAAGCUGGCUUUGGCAUUAGUGAGAUCAACAAGUUUCUUCUCAGAGUUAACCACAUAACUCUUAUUCUUGAAGGGAACGAUAUGUCCUUUAACAGACAAACCUUCUUGGAGAGCUGCAUUCGUUUCAUUUUAUAUUUACUUAGUUCAGAAAUUGAAGAGGAGAAAUCAAAUAGCGAAGAUAACCAACUAUUACUGCCUUUGCGAGUAAUAAAGAGAGUGUUUCUAGACUUGUGGAGCACUUUUCUUAAAUUAGAACAAUACGGAUAUUUUGAGAAGACUGAAAACCAGCAAACGCAGAGCAAAUGGAAUCAUAUCAUCAUUGAUGAGUUACUGAAAAGUGAAACAUUUACUCGAAAGCAGCUUGAAGAAGCACCAAAAGACUUUGUUCAAGCCAUUCACCGGAUCCUGGACAGACUGAAGCAGUAUACUGAUCUCGUUGAUGGCUUUGAUGAAAGGAUCGAUCCAACUGUUUUAAUCUUCAUGAAGUUGAUCCAUCACAUAAACGUCAUGUUUAAUGAGGCCUGGGACUUCCUGUUGGAUUAAACUCUAUAUAUUUGAAGGCAAUGUCAAGAUUGCAACUGCUGGCAAUAAGCAGGAUCAUACCAGGAAUGUAUUAACAGUACUUAACUAAGAUGCUGUUAUUGCAUACCUAUCUCUGAAGGAAUACUAGGAUAAUUGCAUUAGUGAAUAUUGAGUAAACCAAAUUCCACUGUAUUUGUUGUACUGUAAUGCUUUGUUUUCAUCAAAAACAUGAUUUGUUGCAUUACUUUUUAUUUGUUUUACACAUUUUUAUCCUCCAGCAUCUUAACACUUUAAUAAAAACAGCCUAAUAUCUUGA